GAAUAUUAAUUUCAAAUAUAAAAUAGAAACUUUACCAGUACUUUAUACACUACACAGCAACUGUGCAGUUCUAACGGUCUGCGUACAGCUGAAAUUUAAGGUUUCCAGCAGCGUCGUUUACUAAGCGUCGCUACAAAAUUAUCUCUAAAUAUAUCCAGAUUACAAAUGAUUUCUAUAGCAGCUAAUUAUCAAAAAUUAUCUGGUGGAAAUAACGAAACUCUAUUAUCUCAGAUUAUACGUGACCGGUUUAAAAAAAUAAUAUCAAAUGAACGAGUAGUGCUACAAACUUUUGACUAUUGAACACCACAAAAAUCAAACGUGUAAUUCGAAAGUUACGGAAUGAAACGAGAUAAAAAAAAUAGUUUGAAAUCACAUUUUCAAGAAUAUGUAAAUUAUUUGAAAAAUGAUUGUAAACCAGCCACUAUAGUUUAAAUUAAUCAUCCUGAGUAAAGAGCACUCAGAUUUUUGACCUAGCCUAUGAAAAUCACACAACCAGAGAGGAUUGAUUGUUUUUUUCGCUCUUAAUUUGAAAUUCAUGCAUAUCAGCUCAUGAAUGACGAUCAAGACACCACCAGUGGUGAGCAUAACGCGUGGUAGUCGCGAUUCCGCCUUGGCUGCGUUUGGUCCACGCGAGUUUGCUGAUUUAAGUAAGCUUCGAGAUUCACCGGUGAUUUUUUGGAAGGUUCUGCUAAUUCAAUGUUACAUCAUCAUGUAUAACUCAGCGAUACUUGUUCUUUCUUUGUGUGUGGCAAUUCUAAUUUCAGCCGAAAAUUACGGAGGAACAUUUAUGAACUAUCAAAACUCUUUUCUAUCAUAUGAGCAAAAAGGAUUAGACGUAUGCCCUUUUACUUAUUUCAAAGAGUCAUGUUCAGAUUUUGCCCACAUCGUACUUAUAAAACCAUCGAUAAUGGCAAACACUGCAGAAAAUGAAACGGAUCAAUUUUGUCUUGGAACAUUGAUUAGCGAAAAUUAUGUUCUAACGACCGCAAGCUGCGUGCAUUCAGAAGGCAUAACUGUUCUGGCAAACAGGAAUGAUGACAUCAUUGUUGCUUCUACUUAUAUGCAUCCUGAUUACAAACUUUUGCCAGAGCAAGGUAUGAGUGAAAACAAUUUGGCAAUUAUCAGACUCAACACUACCCUACAUUUCGAUAGAAAUGUAGUUGCAAGUUGCCUGUGGGAUUCAAAGUCAUUGCAAAUGUACACAAAAAUACAGGAAAUUGAUUUUGAUCGAACCACGAAACGAUUAGAACAGAACUCAACAGUCUGUUCGGGUGAUACGAAAAAUGCAUGUCUCGAAUCAGCGAUUAUUUCAUGGUGCCGAAAAAAAUCGCCCACUGGUAUUUUACAGAUAAGAGAACUAGGGAAAUUUAAAAUGCAUGCAAUGAUUGCUAGUUUCGGUUGUACUAAGGAAAAUCACAUUGUUCCAAUAUCCCAAUACCUGCCAUGGAUUCGAGAAGUCACUAAAAAUAUACUUAUUGAAUACAAUCUAACCGAUAUUGGUUUAGGAGAAAAGUGCUUCAAAAACGAUGGUCAAAUUGGGGUGUGUUUACCUACGGAGCAGUGUCCUCAAAUUCACAAAAACUUCAAAGCGCUUCUUAAAAAUAAUUCAAUUAGCAUAUGUGGAUUUGAAAGUGGUGAUGCUUUGACCUGCUGUACUACAGCUGAUAUGCUAAUUGGAACCGAAACUGAAGAGCUAUUCAGCGGUAUUGUAGAGCAGAUAGAAAACUGCGAAGUUCUUUACGAUGAAUUUAGGCGUACUCCAGAGGAGCAUCAACUGAAUUCUCAAGUUGCCAUUAUCAACGUCAAUAAUUCACUACGUUGUACAGCCACACUUGUUACAACUCGCUAUCUCAUCACGUCCGCACAGUGUAUUUAUAAUACUGACAAAGCUAAUACUUCAGUUUGGUUAGGAAUUGAAGACCACGUACAUAAUGUGGCACAAAAAAAUGAAAUUCACUCAACAUAUGUUCAUCCCAAAUUCAACCCCAAAACGAGUCGCUUCAAUGUAGCCGUUAUUAUGCUCAAAUAUCCAGUAUUGGUUCAACAUUUUAGCGUACCAGCUUGCUUGUGGCGCGAAAAAUCCCAGCUCCCAACGAACCUGGAAGCUGUUAGUUAUAAUAGUAAUGGAAAAAAGGUCACGGUAACUGCCACCAGUCCAAUGUACUACAGUGAUUGCCGUUCUUUGGAGUACUCUGACAUCAUUCCGUCAGAGUUAUGCGUUCACCUAGAAGCACACUUUGAAUGUGCAACCAACAAUAAUUCACACUUGUGUCAAACACCUGGAAGUGGAUUAUAUGCUAACCUAUAUUAUGGAAAAGACAUGAAACCAGUAAUGUACCUAGUUGGGAUACUUAAUCAGGGAGACACGUGCGACAAGGAAGGGCUUGCGAUAUAUACUAGAAUCAGUGAAUACUAUCAGUGGAUAAAAAGUGUUAUAUUCCUAUCUGCUCAACAACAAAAGUGAAACUUCUUCAUUCAAGCAUCUCAAAUUUUGUACUUUUUAUGAAAUAUGUAGAUAUUGCUUAUUUUCAUG